AUGACCGACAAUCUGCUGACCUUGUUCUGUCUUGUUAAUGGAGACUCUGUGGCAUUCUCUGUCGACAUCGAUGCAUCAAAAACUGUCGAUCACCUCAAAGACGCAAUCAAGACCAAGAUUCCUGACACGUUCAAGGGAGUUGAUGCCAAGGACCUCACGCUCUGGCGCGUCUCCAUCCCUCUCGUUCCAAAGAAGGACCUCCAUGCACCAGUCCCUGCCCGUCCCUCCACUCCACAGCUCAAGUCUAUUCCGAAGGAUCUCCUCGAGCAGGAACUGGAAGCCAUUCUCGAUGAAAUCCAGCUUCGCCCUACCACCCCCUCUGUUGAUCCAAUGGAAGUUGAGGCUUUUCAGAAUGAAGAACUAGGACCCUUUUUCAAGAGGACUCUUCCGCAUGGUGAGACAGCAAGAGACAUCAAGCUGGUGAUGCUGGGACUUGAGCUGGGCAAGCUGGCAAGGACGAGCGACGGCGAAACCUUGCAUUCUAUUGUGGAGGAUGACAUCGGCAAAUACAGUGACCGUCGCGUAGUAGCUAUGGUUGCUCCAUCUGGAUCAGGAAAGACUGCGACCGUAGUUGACCUCGCGAGCAAGCACUUUGUGAUCUAUUGUGUUUGUUGCAUCCCGAGCCCCACCAUCUCUCCCGUCUUCAAGGACCCGAACUUUAUCACGCUUGCAGAAGACAUUGAGAGCAUGUACCGGGCCGUUAUUCACAGGAAUCAAGGGCAUUCGCAGGACGCAAAGGACAUCGAUUCCGAAGUCAAGGCCCUAGCAGGAGAACGCGUCAAGCUCGAAUUCCUUGCACGGCUGCUCUUCCUUCAGCAUCUCCUCGACAACAACCCUACUCUAGAACCCCUGCAGUUCUUCCGUGAACAGACCACCAAAGGUGCCUUAACUAUCGGCGACCUGGUCUACAAGCUGAAGGAGUACGACCACAACACAAUCCAAGCCAUGCUCAGCAAAGUCCAAGCCAAGCUUCAGUCUAUCCUUGUUUCCAAACGACUUGGACUGGUGAUUGCCCUGGACGAGGCUCAAGUUGCGAUGCCCUCUUCGACAGCAAAGAACCAAAUCCAAUCCAAGUUCCGUCGUGGUUUCCUCACACCCUUAUCCGCAACGCUGAGCAACAUGCGGGCAACACUGGUGAUUAUUGGCACCGCACUCUCAUUGCAAGAUGCCGAUUAUGUGUACUCGGCCAUCGCCAAACCCACCAAUUUCUCGAGGAUUACUGAAUUUCCCCGAUUCGAUGAAAAAGACGUUAUCAAGAUCCACUCGAAGCUAGUCGACAUGUCAGACUGUGAAAUCCCGCCCGCCAAACGCCGCAAGCUAACCGGACGAGCUCGAUUUUCCAUUGACGUCGUCGAACGCCUUGCCACGCGCUGCUCUUCUCAGGACUCGAAACAAGCUAUUCUCGACGACGCUGUUGACAAGUCGAUUGAGCAUACAAUGAAUGGGCUUCGGAUCGGAGUACGCACUAUUCUCGAGAACGACAAAACAAACGAGGCAGCUCGACCUCUUAGUCGAAUGGUCUUGGCCUAUCAUCUCCAAGAUGCCAAAAUUUCGUUCUCGAGCCAACUGCAGUCCGACUUUGUGGACAAGGCGCUGUGCAGACUGCAACAACACCCUGAUGGCGUUCACUUGAUCAUGGACGAGCCCUUGGUGGUUGAGGCGAUGGAGGAGGAACUGAAGUCUUCGGGCAAGGAUCCUACGUUCAUCGAGUACAUGGAUCAACUGAACCGGCUCAUUUGA